AUGCGCUCGUUUACUACCGCCAUCGUGCUCUUGAGCAUCUUUUCUGACUUCACCUCUGCCCACCCCUCUUUUCUCAACUCUCGGGCCCAAUCAAAAACCGUCAAGGUCCCCAUCGAAGACCUCCUCAAAGGCUCUACAAUCGAACGCAGCGGGAAAGGCGACGGGACAAUCUACUCAUUUUCCGUUCCUGCUAAGAAACCUGUCUCUGCACGCUCCGAGUCUGAGUCGGACCUUGUCAAGAGGAUUGGCAAUCCAUGUGCCAAUGACCCAUGCUGCACGAUUCUUAGCAACCCGGAUACCUUCAAAAAGGAAUACCGCUGGGAGCUCAAAAACUGGUCUCAGCACCUCGGCAAACCGCAAGCCAUCUCGCAACCCAUUUGUCCACCAGGCAGCGUGACAAAUUCGAGAACGGUGUCCUAUACGUGGUCAAUCAAUGUCAACCUUGGGCCAGACCUGAAAUUUGGGCCGUCCAUCUUGGACAAGUUUGGCAUUCGUGUCGGCUUUGCUUAUAGCUGGGGCGAGGCUACGACUGUUGGUUAUACAGCCCUAUGUAGCGAUGGGAACGACUUCCCCUGUUUUGCCUAUUUCACACCGAGAAUCGGUAAGAUCUAUGGUACUGGAUGGAUUGAAACCAUGGGCACUGACGGUAAAACGAUCUGUUCCAAAACGGAGAAGUCGGAAAUGGAGAUCAGUGUACCAAUUCUCAAAUCCGACGUAUGCAAGGAAGGAGCAGUCUCCAAGAAUCCAUGUGGACCAGAGGGCAACUCAACGAUCCGUCUAGACGACUAA